AUGUUGGCUAAUAUUCCAUAUUUCAAACGGACUAAAAGUCUUCUUCAUGAUCCUAUGCAUAAAUUAUUUGAAGGUAUUAUGAAAUUUAGAUUGUCAUCUAAAACAUUUAGAUUGUUUCACUCUAGCAGAAGAGAAGAACUGGCUAGUAUAGGCAAUGGUUCAGUUAUGAAGAUAGUAGAACAAUUUAGUUUGCUGCGAAAAAUUGAGUUUAAUUGCGAAGAAUAUAGCGAUGGUGAUAAUAAAUCAUGCAAUGGGCUUGCGAUUGAGUUGUUGAUGAAGUUGCAAAGUACUAUGGAUUUAAAUGGAAAAGGCAAGAAACUUUCACCUGCAAUAUCAUUAGUGGAUGCAGACAAAGUAGAAUUAAGAUCACCCAGGUUGUGCCCACCUCAUUUUAUGAUUGCUGAAGAAACCAAAAACAAAUCUCACGAAUUUAUUUUAACUGACAGUAUUCAUGUCGAAGGCAGAAUAAAGUCAAUUUUUGAACUAAUUACAGAUUUAUUGGCUGUUUAUUAAGUUUGGGAAUUUUGUUUACCAAAAAGAUAUCAAGUUUUAACAUUUUUUCAAUUAUACUUAUUAAAUGAUUUAAAAUAAAAAAGCAAUUUUAAGAGUACCAA